AUGUGGGCCCUGGCCAGGCCGGUGCCGUGGGGUGGCCAGAUGCCUCCUCGUGGGACCUCGAGCCACCCGGGAAGAGGCCGAUGCGCGGGUGAGUGGCAGCGCAUCCCCAUGGGCAUCGCUCUCCUCCUGCCCACGCUGGCGGCAGUGGCGGCUGGGCUGAGCCUGCAGCCGGGCAGGAUGCGGCACCUGGGGGUCUGCCCCAACCAGCUGAACCCCAACCUGUGGGUGGACGCGCAGAGCACCUGCGAGCGGGAGUGCCAGGCUGACCAGGACUGUGAAGGCUUUGAGAAAUGCUGCACCAACGUGUGCGGGCUGCGGAGCUGCGUGGCCGCCCGCUUUGCCGACGGCAGCCUGCCGGCACUGGCACUGGCACCGGCAGCCUCGUGCGAGAGCUUUGUGUGUGCGCAGCAGGGCUCCGACUGCGACAUCUGGGACGGGCAGCCUGUCUGCAAGUGCAAGGACCGCUGCGAGAAGGAGCCCAACUUCACCUGCGCCUCCGACGGCCUCACCUACUACAACAAGUGCUACAUGGACGCCGAGGCGUGCCUGCGUGGCACCCGCCUCACCACCGUCCCCUGCAAGCACAUCUUCACCUGGCCCGACACCAGCCCUGUGCCGCAGGAGACGACGGCGCGCCCCACUCCGGGAGCCGGCCCCGAGGUGCCGGUGCCCCCCGCGCUCUACACCAACCCCUUCCACCAGUCGGUGCGCGCCGGCGGCACCGUCAGCUUCCGCUGCGACGUCAGCGGCCGCCCGCGGCCGGACAUCACCUGGGAGAAGCAGAGCGAGCGGGAGGAGAACUUCAUCAUGCGGCCGGACCAGAUGUAUGGCAACGUGGUGGUCACCAACAUCGGCCAGUUGGUCAUCUACAACGCCCGCCAUGAGGACGCCGGCAUCUACACCUGCACAGCCAGGAAUGCCGCAGGGCUGCUCCGCGCCGACUUCCCGCUGUCGGUGCUCAGGCGGGAGCCAGGGGCGACCCCGCGGGCCAGCAGCCCCCAGCCCUUCCCCAGCGCCGAGUGCCUGAAGGAGCCGGACCGGCGGCGGUGCGAGGCGCUGGAGGUGCGCUGGCACUUCGAUGCCAAGCAGGGCUCCUGCCUCACCUUCCGCUACGGGGGUUGCGGGGCCAACAGGAACCACUUUGAGACCUAUGAGGAGUGCCGGGCUGCCUGCCUGGGCAGCGCGCGCCCCACCUGCCUGCUGCCCAUGGUGCAGGGCCCCUGCCAGAACUGGGAGCCCCGCUGGGCGUACAACCACCUGCUGAAGCAGUGCCACUCCUUCGUCUACGGCGGCUGUGAGGGCAACACCAACAACUUUGAGAGCAAGGAGAGCUGCGAGGACGUCUGCCCCUUCCCCAAGACUGUGCAGUGCAAGGCUUGCCGCCUGAAGAGCAAGAUGGUGCUGAGCCUCUGCCGCAGCGACUUCGCCAUCGUGGGGCGGCUGAUGGAGAUCGUGGAGGAUCAGGACUCUGGCAUCGCCCGCUUUGCCCUCGAGGAUGUCCUCAAGGAUGAGAAGAUGGGCCUCAAGUUCUUCAACAUCAAGUACCUGGAGGUGACCUUGACCAACAUGGACUGGAGCUGCCCUUGCCCCAACAUGACGGCAGAGGAUGGGCCGCUCAUCAUCAUGGGUGAGGUGCACGACGGCAUGGCCACACUGGACCCCAGCAGCUACGUCCGGGCAGCCAACGACAAGCGAGUGAAGAAGAUCUAUGAGCUGAUGGAGAAGAAAACCUGCGACCUCCUGAAUCGCUUCCAGGACUAGGGGCGAGCCGGGACGUGCCGACAUGUGGGGCUGCAGAUCCACCAUGGAGGGCAGGGCACCUGGGGAAUCCCCUGCACCAGAGCUUGUAUCUAGGGGUUACAAGCACCAGGCAAUUCACCCCAGUCCUGCACUGAGCCUCAGCCCAGCUCCCCCCUCCCCUGUAAUUUAUCUGCGGCAUGGCCCCCUUGUGUACCCCCCGAGCCCAGUCAGCAGCAAUAAAGGCCUGGGUUGGGUUGCAGAGGGGUGGGAGGUCUUCCAGGACCCCCAUCCCCCCAUAAAAACCUUCCCACCGCACCAAAGCCUCUGGGACCAGUGUAGCACCCCGAGGCGCUCCUGGUGCAGGAUCUGGCCCCGUGUUGGUGCUGCAGGG